GAGUCCCCCAAACCCCUCACAAAACCCUAACCUGAAUUUCCACAGAGGAGAUAUGGGGGCGAACCGGAAGAAGGAGGAUGUCUCCCGCAAGCUCGAGGAUGCGAAGGAGAAGACAGAUCACGGCAAACUUAACAAUGGAAAGGCCAAGAAAGACGCGCGGACGGAAGAAAUUCGGAAGAUUGAAGAAGAAGAGACUGCGUCUGAUACCUCCGAAGACUCGCAUUUGGUUUCGGAUUCCGACAAUGACUACGAGUCGAUUGAUGGUGCAGUUGGUGACAAACAAUUGGGUGGAGACAGUGAAGUUGAAAGUGAUAACAACCGUGAUGGAGGAGACAUCGACGAAGAAAGAGACGAUUCACGUGAAGUAGUGGAGGAAAGUGAUUCAUCUGAAGAUGAGGUUGCACCUCGGAACACAGUUGGAAGUGUUCCUUUGGAAUGGUACAAAGAUGAGGAGCAUAUUGGAUAUGAUUUAAGUGGGAAAAAAAUUAAGAAGAAGGAAAGGCAGAGUAAGCUGGAUUCCUUUCUUGCAAGCGUUGAUGACUCGCGUAAUUGGCGGAAGCUCUACGACGAAUAUAAUGAUGAGGAAGUGGAGUUGACAAAGAAGGAGACAAAGCUUAUACGUAAAUUACUCAAAGGGAAAGCACCCCAUACUGACUUCGAUCCGUACGCCCCUUAUGUUGAUUGGUUCAAAUGGGAUGGUGCUAAGCAUCCACUCUCUAAUGCUCCAGAACCAAAGAGACGGUUCAUUCCCUCAAAGUCGGAGAGUAAACUGGUUCUUCGAUAUGUCCGGGCCAUAAGGAAGGGGCUGAUUAAGUUUGAUGACAAACCCAAGGAAGAAGUGCCUCAAUAUUAUAACAUGUGGGAUGAUUCUAGCUCCACGGAAAGGCAUGGAUUGGCUUAUAUUCCUGCACCAAAGCCUAAUUUGCCAGGUCAUGAGGAAGCAUAUAAUCCUUCUCUUGAAUACAUCCCAACACAAGAAGAAAUCAAUUCUUAUCAGCUUAUGUUUGAGGAAGAUCGACCGAAGUUUAUUCCAAAACAAUACACCGCCCUAAGAAGUGUUCCGGCGUACGAUAAAUAUGUUAAAGACAUCUUCGAUCGUUGUUUGGAUCUCUAUUUAUGUCCACGAGUCCGUAAGAAACGUAUUAAUAUUGAUCCAGAGUCCUUGAAGCCAAAGCUUCCAAGCCGCAAAAGUCUUAAACCUUACCCAACAAGUUGCUACAUUGAGUACAAAGGUCACCAGGGUCCAGUCACAAGCAUCUCUACAGAACCUACUGGGCAAUGGAUUGCUUCUGGUUCUAUUGAUGGCACCGUGCGGAUUUGGGAAGUUGAAACUGCUAGGUGUCUUCAGAUAUGGGAACUUGGUGACGCCAUAGCACAAGUUGCAUGGAAUCCUAUGCCGGACCUUCCUAUAUUGGCAGUUGCAGCGGGCCAAGAUGUUUUUAUACUGAACACCAAAUGUACUAGUGAUGAGCAACAGAAAAGGAUUGAGGAACUUCUCCAUGUUGAACCUCAAAUGGGAGCGGACGAUUCUGGGACCAGCACAUCCAUGGUGAGCUGGGGUCAAGAUGAAAUACAUGGUGGAAUCAAGUUGAAGCAUUUCAAGACUGUAACUAAAGUUGAAUGGCAUCGAAGAGGAGACCAUCUUUCUGCUCUUAUACCCUCUGGUGAAUCGCGGGCAGUAUUGAUUCACCAACUCUCCAAGAGGCUCACACAACGAGUUCCAUUCAAGACAAAAGGAAUUCCUGUUACUACUGUUUUUCAUCCUUCUCGUUCCAUAUUCUUCAUUGCAACUCAGAAGUUUGUUCGUGUCUAUGAUUUGGUAAAACAAAGACUUAUCAAAAAGCUCGAGGCUGGAGUCCGAGAAAUCUCAUCCAUUGCUAUCCACCCUGGUGGUGACAACGUCAUUGUUGGAAGCAAAGACGGAAAAUUAUGUUGGUUUGACAUGGACCUCUCGACCAAACCUUACAGGGUUCUUAGGUGUCAUCCGAAGGACAUUACUAGCGUCGCAGUUCAUCGAUCCUAUCCAUUGUUCGCUUCAUGCUCCGAGGAUUCCACGGCCUAUGUUUUUCAUGGCAUGGUUUACUCUGAUCUGAAUCAGGACCCUUUGAUCGUACCUCUGGAGAUUCUUCGAGGCCAUUCCUCUACAAAUGGAAGAGGUAUUCUGGACUGCAAAUUCCAUCCGAGGCAGCCAUGGCUGUUCACUGCUGGCGCCGACUCAGUAAUCAAGCUCUAUUGUCAUUAAACUCUCCGGGAGACUCCCUGACAGAAAACUCUUCAACAAUUUUGUACCCUUCGUUUGGUUCUUGGAGGAUCACCAAUCAAAUCUAAUCUAAUCUAAUCACCUGGUCGAGGAUCGAAUGGGUCAAAUUAUACAUUGAUAUUGAUACCUUUUUGGUUGAGCCUAUACAACACAUCUAUGCUAUGCAUUUGUUUGUUGCGGUCGUCUACUUGUGUUUUUAAUUUUAUUUUUAUUUUUACGUGUAAUUAUUCAAAUUUAUGUAGUUGAAAUUUAUAUAUCAUACACUACUUUCAUUA